CGCCCGGCCUGGGGUGCACUCAGACACGGACACAGACCAGAGAUCGCCAUGCUCCAGACGCGCUCUGCGGUCUUGCUCGCGGUGUUGGCGGCGGCUGCGACGGCGGCGCCGGCGGAUGACGCGGCGCUCUACUCCAGCAAGUACGACAGCGUCGAUCUGGACAAGGUGCUGGCCAGCGACCGCCUGCUCAACAGCUAUUUCCAGUGCCUCAUCUCCGACGCCGACGACCGCUGCACCGCGGACGCCAAGUAUCUUAAAGAGGUAAUACCGGACGCACUCACCAAUGAAUGUAAUCGGUGCCGUCCGAACCAAAAGGAAGGAGCCGAGAAGGUCAUAAAGUUCCUUAUUAACAACAAACAAGACAUGUGGGAGAAACUGGAGGCCAAGUACGACCCACAGGGCGUAUACAAGAAGAGGUACCAGAACGAGUUUGAGAGAGUCAAGGGGGGAAAGGGCCAAGAGCCGUACUCCAGCAAGUACGACAGUGUGAACCUGGACGAGGUGCUGGCCAGCGAGCGACUCCUCAACAGCUACUUCGAGUGCCUCAUCGCCGACACAGAAGAGCGCUGCACGGCGGAUGCCAAGUACCUCAAGGAAGUGAUACCGGACGCGCUGACGACCGGCUGCAGCCGCUGUCGCCAAAACCAACGCGAGGGAGCCGACAAGGUGAUCAAGUUCCUUAUCAAGAACAAACCGGACAUGUGGAACAAACUGGAGGCCAAGUAUGAUCCCGAGGGCGUGUACAGGAAGAAGUACCAGAAGGAGUACGAGAUGGCCAAAAAAGAGGGGAACAACGAACCGUACUCCAGCAAGUACGACAACGUGAACCUGGACGAGGUGCUGGCCAGCGAACGCCUCCUCAACAACUACUUCGAGUGCCUCAUGGCCGACACUGAGGACCGCUGCACAGCCGACGCCAAGUACCUCAAGGAGGUCAUCCCUGAUGCGCUCACAAACGGGUGCAGUCGAUGCAAGCCUAACCAGCGUGAGGGUGCCGAGAAAGUGAUCCGGUUCCUCGUGAAGAACAAGCCCGACAUGUGGAGCAAAUUGGAAGCCAAAUACGACCCUGAAGGCAUCUACAAGAAGAGUUACCAGAGUGAAUACGAGAGGGUCAAGAGCGGAAAGGACGAGGAGCCGUACUCCAGCAAGUACGACAACGUGAACCUGGACGAGGUGCUGGCCAGCGAGCGACUACUCAACAGCUACUUCGAGUGCCUCAUUUCCGACACAGAAGAGCGCUGCACGGCGGACGCCAAGUACCUCAAGGAGGUCAUCCCAGAUGCUCUGACCAACGGAUGCAGUCGCUGCCGCCCCAACCAGAGAGACGGUGCCGACAAGGUCAUCAGAUUCCUCAUCAAGAACAAGCCGGAUAUGUGGAAGAAACUGGAGGCCAAGUAUGACCCCGAGGGCGUGUACGGGAAGAAGUACCAGAGCGAGUACGAGAGGGUCAAGCGGGGGGAGGUCGCCAUUGAGAGGAGCAAGACUGGCCAGGACAACGAGCCUUACUCCAGCAAGUACGACAGCGUCAAUCUGGACGAGGUGCUGAAGAGCGACCGCCUUCUCAGUAACUACUUCCAGUGCCUCAUGGACGAAAACGAAGAACGCUGCACUGCUGACGCUAAGUACCUCAAGGAAGUCAUCCCUGACGCUUUGAACAACGGCUGCAGUCGCUGUCGUCCAAACCAGCGGGAAGGAGCCGAGAAAGUGAUCAAAUAUCUGAUUAAGAACAAGCCCGAUAUGUGGAGCAAGUUGGAGGCCAAGUACGACCCCGACGGUACGUACAGGAAGAAGUACCAAAACGAGUACGACAUGGCAAAGAGCGGCCAGGACAACGAACCGUACUCCAGCAAGUACGACAACGUGAACCUGGACGAGGUGCUGGCCAGCGAACGACUCCUCAACAACUACUUCGAGUGCCUCAUCGCCGACACAGACGACCGCUGCACAGCCGACGCCAAGUACCUCAAAGGCGAGUGACACCUGCAAGAAGCAUUUAGCGCAGCAGUGAGGUUUAAGAGGCGAUUUAAUCACUUUGUGUGGUGCAAACGCUUAACGUACAGCAAACAGUAAAUAUAACAGGGGCACACCUUUCAAUCCUCUGUAUAUCGUUACAAAAAGUACAGAGAGCCGCAAAAUAGGUGUUACAAAGUUUUUGUAUAGUAUCGUAGUAUCUGUUGAUAGUUUAUUGUUAUUAUAUUUAUUCUAUAGCAGACAACCAGAAAAUUAGUGCAAGAGCGUUCCCCCUGCUUCAACGAGUGUGCAGAGUCUAAAUUCCGUGAUAAAUUACAGAAGAUCACCAUUUUCGACUGCACGGAUAUUUCUGGAAACUGCAAUAUAGAGGUCAUGAAAUGUUGUAGGUUCAUCUUCGAAGGCGCACCAUUUCAUACCACUACCAGCAGCUUGAAGGUGUAGAUUCACAAUAUAUCAGUGGACCAAUUUCUAUUUGUCGAUGUCCCCAUGCAGAUGGAGAUGUGCCUCAUCUCUAAAACCGGAUAAUUAAAGACUGUUCCAUAGUCAAAGCGUUCGGUCUUGUCAUUUAAAAACGAAUGCCGUCGCUACAAUUCAUUGUCCUUCAAAAUUUGCCGCAGUUGAGUUUUUAAAGGAGUUGCUAUACUAAAUGUCUUUCUCAUGCAGUGGGCUUUCCAUUGAAUAGGGUUUGCACUCUUUCCACAUUCAUCAAGGUUUCAGCUGAGGCUGGUCAUCAUGAGUGACCUUCCAUUGAGGCACAUGGGGAUCCAGUCUUUCAUAAGGUUUCAUCAGCCUGCAAGAAAACAGGGAAAAAAUAACAUAAAAUCCAAAAGAAAGGAUGUUUAAGUUUUGCCAUCACAAUUGGGCUUCCUUUCAGUACUGUUACCUCAUGGAGAAGUGGUCCACUCUGGAUGGUGCUGUUAUUGGUUCAAAUGUAGUGUCGAAUUCACGACUCACCCUAAAAACGUGCAGAAUUUGUAUAAAACGUCUUUACGAUGAACUAACGCUGUUUCAGUGAUAGAUCUUCAAUUCUGAAAAGUAAACCAAGACGUUGAUGAGUGAGCUGCAGAAUUUCCAGAGCUAAAGUAAAAUAUCACAAGGAAACUCAUUAUUGGCAGACGAUUAAGCCACAGUAGACAAACACUUUCUAGCACCUAUUUAGCGCCACCCUAUAUAUGCUGCUUUAGAUAAUCGACAUGUCAGUAUUGUACAUUACCCUGAACUAAACUAUGUCUACUGUCUUCGAAUUAUACGUGAAAUAAUUCGUCAACCAGUUGUGCAGUUGCUCUAAGGAUAUUCUGAUCUCAAAAUGUUACGAAGACGAUUCGAUGGAAAUUCGUAUUUUUCAUGAGUAUUCCUGUUAUUAUAAAGGAGUGUGACUAACGUAAUGUUUGUGCAACUCGUGUGUCACCUUACCAUAGUCGACUGUCCAAUGAAAUGAGAAUUUUUGUAAGCAAUUUCGUUUGAUAUUGAAUCAUUUUUUUAUCAAAAUAUGUACUAUUACAGCCUUAGAACACAGGAAAAAAGUUCACCACUACGAGAUAUGUACAACAUGAGAAAGAAAACGUAGAGAUGUAUGGCACUGUUCGCUGGGAGAAACUGAUGGGUGGCUGCAGACAGCUGAUUAGAAGACGUUUCCUUGACCGUACGCUAUCGUACUGUUCCACACGGCAUUCGAGAAUUGUGUCUUAAAUGUAUUGUUGGCUAUGGGUGACAACGUGUACCAGCUGUGCGGAGUGUGGUGUCAUAUUUGUAUUAUAUGACGAAGGUAACUCCGUCUGAAGAGACGCUGAAAGCCCAAAGGCACCGACCGACCGCCGCGUCAUCCUCAAACCACAGGCGUCACGGGAUGUCGGUAUGGAGGGACACGUGGUCAACAAACAGCUUUCCUGGCCGUUGACAUCGUCCGUGACCUGAGACGCUUCUUCUCAAUCAAGUAGCUCCUCAAUUUGCCUCACGUUGCCUCACAAGAGCUAUUACACUUCAAAUAUCAAUACAUCGAUCGCCCUUGGGUACAAGACGGUAUAAUUUAGUCGAUGACUUUGAGGACAGUGUAUCUGGAUUCUAACUGUCUCGUAAUCGUCAUUUUUUUUUUGUCAGGCGUUCAGCUUUAGCACUAUUCAGAGACAUAUAUGUUACUGCAGCUAUAAAACGCAAUUUCUGUCCUGACGGAAUUAAAGAUGAGGGAAAACUCGAUGGGUUCGGUCUAUUUUUAUUUAUUUACUUCUUGUAUCAUAGAUGCAUGAUUCUGUAUUGUUAGUUUUGGAUUUUAAAAUGGUGUUUUCAUCAGAUGGAAAUCUGAAAACAAAAUUAUAAAUAUAGUGAGUUAUUCAGAAGACAUAUUCUUUCAUUGUACCAGGACGAUAUAGGACGAUUUAUUGCAUAUUUUGUAAGAGAGCUGAGUGACUUACGUUAGUUUCUCUUUUGCAUAUCACAAUGGUAAGACAUUAUUUUUUGCCUGAUAUUAAUUAUGCAUAAUUCAUAUCUACAGAGGUCAUACCUGAUGCUUUAACCAACGGCUGCAGUCGCUGUCGUCCAAACCAGCGGGAAGGAG